UAGAAGCAGACAGGUUUAUUCUACAUAUAGUCGAUGCAUAAUAAUAAUAUAAUAAGUGGAUCUAUGUAUUUCACUGCUUUUGGCGUACAGCUAGCUUUGAGCUAUGAUGAAUAAAUACCAUAUCGUUUCCUGCUUCGCUGUAGGAACAGUGAUCGUUUUUUUAUUGUCCUAUGUAGAUGAGGCAAAGGCUGACAGAGAAUACCUCUAUAACUUUACCACAUCAAAGCGUGUAGUUCGUCAAGUAAAGCACAAAAUUACCAAGGCCAAUAUAAAGGAUGGUAAGAUAAUCCUAGUCCGAGCUUUUCGGACCAGUAUGUCGUUGGUGUAUCUGGUGACCAGCGUGACAAACAGACGGAGCCUAGUCAUGUACCUGCCGACCGAAGCCAAGUUUUACACCCGCAGUUACAGAAACAUCGUGAGACAUUUAUCGCUCAUACCAGACUGGCUGACAGGAAAAAUAAGCUACAUAAACACACACCAAUUAAUCCCACUGGUGUAUCGCUACAAUGAUGUCCAUUUGCCUACCUUCGUGAAGAAAAUGCUCUUCUGGGUCUCUCAAAAGAGUUGGGACGACGAGCUAAGAGAAGAGGAUAUGUUAGAAGGAGAAAGAAGGCUUUUGACACAGCCUGACAAAUUUAACUAUACUGUUCCGUUUAGGAAUCUGACUUGGGUGUUAUCUGACUAGGAGUAAGACCUAUGUGGCAUAGGGGGGUCAAAUGCCUAUACAGUGGCUUUCCAUUGCUCAUUGCAUUGGAUUAUUACUAUUUAUAACGGAGAGAAAGUUCCUACGAUUUAACGUCUCUUUAUAAAGAUUUUGGAGGUUGUACUUUAUUAUCUCAUUUUUGUACACGUUAUAAAAGUAUAUACAAUA